UUUCAAAAUGGAUUUUAAAUUACAUUUUAUAGUUCGCAGUAAUGAGCUUGGCGGGAGAAAUCGAAAAUCCCUUCCAGUUCCUACACAGGCCAAACAAAUAAUAAAAAACUAUGGACGCAAACUUCAGUCUUAACAUACAAGAAUUAAAGAUGGAUAUCCCAAAGCUGAGCUUUUGUCAAAACAAAUGCCAAAAUGUAUCGAGGAUAACGACCAUCGUAUUCAAACCACCAGAUCCGGACUCGGUGAAUCGAACGUUAAUCGGAAGAAGUGAAAACGAAACGAACUUACGAUCGAUAUUCGAUAACGAGAUUAAUUCUAGUGAUUAUUAUAAUAUUGAAAGAACGUUGAACGUAUCGUUUUCUAAUUUUAGUACCGAUAAUGUGACUUGCAGUGAUGUACAAGGAUAUAAUUUGUGGGCGUUAUCAUUGUUGGUGUUCCCAGUGUUGACUCUUUUUGGUAAUGUGUUGGUAAUACUGAGUGUAGCGCGGGAAAGAAGCUUGAAGACCGCCACUAACUACUUCAUAGUGAGUUUGGCUGUUGCCGACCUUUUAGUAGCAGUCGUUGUCAUGCCAUUCGGCGUUUAUUAUUUGUUCAACGGGUCGUGGGGCCUGCCCGCCUUCGUGUGUGACAGCUACAUCGCGAUGGAUGUAACCUGCUCCACGUCCAGCAUCUUCAAUUUGGUCGCCAUAUCUGUAGACAGAUACAUCGCUGUAACCCAGCCGAUUAAGUACGCGAAACACAAGAGCAGCGCCCGCGUGUGGCUGAUGAUAGCGGUCGCGUGGCUGGUGUCCGGUGCAAUCGGCGCGCCCGUUGUGCUCGGCCUCAACGACGCCCCCGACCGCAGCCCCAACGCCUGCCUCUUCAACAACACCGAUUACGUCAUCUACUCCUCCCUCGGCUCAUUCUACAUACCGUGUAUUAUCAUGAUGUUCCUCUAUUACAACAUUUUUAAGGCAAUACGAAAAAGAGCCAAGAAGCAACGUAUAGGUAAGAAGACGUCAUCAGCAGUGGGCUCUACGGUUUCCAGUGGGACAGCUGCAGUGGUCGUUCAGAACGUGAAAGGUCUACCACGGCGCAUUGACAGCGGAGUGCAGGAUGACAAGCCGACUAACACUGGCUCAGGCAGCAAUGAAGAUGAGGAAGAUGAAAAUUUCGAUCGAACUGAGAUGGGAGUGUUUGCGGAUGAGCUUGCUAAUUCAAGAUCGACAAGAUUCAUGCUCGCUGCUGUUGUGGAAGAGACCGGUUUGAUUAUGGCAAAUUUAGCAUCACCGAUUCCAAUGAUGGAUCCAAACACGAACAAUGAUUCCGGCUACGUCACAUCAAACAUAGAUGGAGAGAAAGAGCACACUCCACCUCCAUCGCCCAGCAGUAGAGCACAAAUACAUAAAGAAGGAAACAGCUCAGGACCUAAGAAACCAGAUUUGAAAAAGAAGUUGAGUCGUCUUAGCAAUAGUUCGAUGAUCAGCACUCCUAGAAGAAGGUUCAAGAGCGCGGCGUCUGCAGCGCGGUUUACAAUCUUCCGAGCUAACAGGGCUGGCAAAUUACGAGCCAAGUCUUUUGCCAAGAAAGAAAAGAAGGCUACACAAACUCUUGCAAUUGUUUUAGGUGUCUUCCUAUUCUGCUGGGCACCGUUCUUCACCUGUUCAGUUCUCGACGCAGUCUGCACCAAGUUUGGUCUCUCCUAUUCUCCAGGGGUGACCGUCUUCAUCUUCACCACGUGGCUAGGUUACAUCAAUUCAUUCCUCAAUCCUGUCAUCUAUACUAUUUUCAAUCCUGAAUUCCGGAAGGCGUUCCGAAAAAUUCUACACUUCGGUACAUAGCAAACAGACUUCUAUCUUGUGUAUACGUAAAUAAAUAAAUACGUGAGUUUCGUUUUGCAAAGAAAUUCACCGUUAAAAGAAAACGUAAUGUUUGUCUGUAAACUUUUAAUACAAGUGGAGAUAAUUGUUUUUGAGGCGACGAGACAAGAUUCAAUGAAUCAUUUUCAUUAAAGGAUUACUUGUAGUGAAAUCUCAUUUAAAAUAUUUAAAUAUGUAAAUAA